AUGAUUACAAUAGUCUCAUUUGUUAUUUUGCUGACAGGAGGAUUUCGUAUUCAUUUCACCGAACUUAUUGCUACUAAGCUUACUGCUAUUGAUAUUCAGGGAAAGUUGAACAGAAUAUCUAUGUCAAAGGUAAUUCAGACGGAAGACGGACAGUUGACAUGGAAGUCGGAUGAAGAAUACGACGACAGUGAACAAGACUACGACACUGUACAAGACGACACGGAAGCCAUGUACCGUGAAGAUCUCUUUGAAGGCGAUAUUGUGCUUAUCAGUAAUGGCGCUACCAUAUUUAAUCGUGGUGUAUCGAUGACCGGACACAGUGUUGGUUGUAAAAGUCGAAACAACUUUUCUAUUCCUCAGCUUGAGAUGAAUGCAGUGCAGCACAAUGCAGUAAGGCAAAAAACAUUGUUAUGGCGAAACGGACGAGUACCAUACGUUAUCUCUUCCGUAUAUGCUAAUAUCAGCAAACUUAUAAUUUUGGAAGCGUUUAAAGAAUAUCGACAUCUGACAUGUAUACGAUUUGUCCCUAAACGACGAUUCGAUUCCGAUUACAUUUACAUUGCGCCUUAUGAUGGUUGUUACUCAAUGGUUGGGAAUAAUGGGGGUAGACAAACAGUAAGUUUGGGUGACGGGUGCUUAAAGAAAGGGAUAGUAAUUCAUGAACUGAUGCAUGUAAUCGGCUUUUUUCAUGAACAAAAUCGCGCUGAUCGAGAUUUAUAUGUAGAUAUUCUGUGGGAAAACGUAAAGCCAGCUCUUUCCGAACAAUUUGACAAAUACUCAGCUACCAUAAUCGAUGAUUUGGGCUCACCAUAUGAUUAUGAUUCCGUGACGCACUAUUCCGCAAAUGCAUUUAGCAAAAAUGGUAAACCAACCAUAAUACCAAAAUCUAUGAACAAAGUAUCUAGGAUUGGUCAACGACGUGGUCUUUCUUUUCUUGAUAUUUGGAAAAUUAACAAAUUAUAUGAUUGCAUUAAACAAGGAGCUACGACUUCUGCUUCAAAUGCAGAAAACGGAAAGGAACACAAAGAACUGGAAGUAUCUGGCACGAUUAUAGGACAAUUUCCUACAACUAUAAGGACUGCAACUAUUUCUUCCACAUCAUCAGCUAAUAAUAUCAAAACAAGAACAAAAGAUGUUGAAGAGCUCAAAAUUAAUUUAAAUCUUUCAACGUCUUCAACACUAUCGCCAACAUUUAUGUCAGCUUCUGUGAACAAUUUCACACUUCACAAAAUGCAUCAUUGCAAUGAUCGUCACCCAUAUUGUCAAAUAUUAAGAACCAGCGACUUUUGCACUAUUUAUCCUCGCUUCGUCCACGAUUAUUGUGCGCUCAGUUGCGGAAGACUUGUGAGUUACAAAUCAUCGAUGCAUCCAGCACUUUACUAUCGGUCACUUCAGAUAUAA